AUGUCUUUCAACGGAAAUCAGUAUGGUGUUUAUCAACCUUAUGGAAUCGGAACACAUGUAGCACCAGGUCAUCAACCACCAGUUUAUGCUCCACCCGUGAUCAUCGUAGAUCAUCAUCAUCACCAUAGACGUCGUCACCGCCACCUUCGACGCAUCAUCCAUGGAAUCUUUCAUCGUUACCAUCAUCACUGUGGUCAUCACCAUUGUUAA